AUGCUCAAAGGAUCUGAGUCGUCUUCGAUAUACAUUGAUCCAGCAAAAUAUCCACUGGCCAGAAAGGACCCAACCAUUGUUGAGGAUUUUCAUGGCACCAAGGUCAGGCGCCAAUCUAAAACAUUGUGUAUUUUUACUAUUGUGAAAAAUGUUGAAUCAGAAUUUCUCUUGCGUAUGGAAUUUGUAGACGGUUUGAAGGUACCUGAUCCGUACAGAUGGCUUGAGGAUCCAGAUUCAGAUGAGACGAAAGCGUAUGUCGACAAAUUGAAUGCUGUUUCGGAACCAUUCAUUGGAGCAUCUCCGAUCCGUGAGAAAAUGCGCAAAAAACUAAUUGAACUCUGGGAUUAUGAGAAAUACGGUUGUACAUCAAAACAUGGCCAAUAUUACUAUCAUUUCUAUAAUCCAGGAUUGCACAAUCAGAGUUUGCUAUAUCAACAGAAAACACUGCAAGAUAAAGGAGUGGUAUUCUUGGAUCCAAAUAAGCUUUCUCUAGAUGGUACGACAUCGAUUCGAGUGCAGACAUUCACUCGUGACGGUUCCAUACUUGCCUAUGGCAUAUCGCAUAAGGGCAGCGAUUGGAUGACUUUAAAAGUAAUUUUGUACAAUUCGAAUUUCAAUUUGAAUUGA